UAUUAGACGGUCAGUCUCAGUCUCAGGGGCUGGGUUUCUCUUUUAACACAAGAAGAGGAGAAAGAAAUAAUUGAAGCAUGACGAGACAAAGACACUGAGUGAACACUUUAAAAUAAUGAUUUGAACUCUCUCUAAACUGACCAUGGCCAUCAGGGAGCUCAAAGUUUGCCUUUUAGGGGACACAGGAGUAGGGAAAUCCAGCAUUGUUUGCCGAUUCGUUCAAGAUCAUUUUGACCACAACAUAAGUCCCACAAUAGGAGCAUCAUUCCUAACCAAAACAGUGCCGUCUGGACAUGAACUACACAAAUUCCUGAUCUGGGAUACAGCUGGACAGGAAAGGUUUCACUCAUUAGCUCCUAUGUACUACAGAGGAUCGGCUGCUGCUGUCAUUGUCUAUGACAUCACUAAACUGGACUCUUUCCAGACACUGAAGAAGUGGGUGAAGGAGCUGAAAGAACAUGGUCCAGAGGACAUUGUUGUAGCCAUAGCAGGGAACAAGAAUGAUUUAGGAGACAUCAGGGAAGUUCCAAUGAAGGAAGCUAAGGAGUUUGCUGAAUCAAUUGCAGCUAUUUUCAUCGAGACUAGUGCCAGAAAUGCUGUCAACGUUGAGGAGCUCUUUCAGAAAAUCAGUAAACAGAUCCCACCCCUGGAAAAUCAUGAGGUGGAGAGCAACGACUCCUUUAAACUCACCCGGCAGUCUGCUCCGUCCGCCAGGAGAUGCUGUUAGUACCAACGGUGGCUGAUGAGAUUACUCCCUUCAGCACCACAGACCCCACCAGCACAGCACGUAGUCCACAAUGCACACAGUGUCUUACUCCUGGAAAAGACAAGACAGUGGACAGACAGAGAUCAGCUUGCGUGUGUGGUCGGCUGUCAGAUGAAACAACCGUACAACAGAGGUCAUUGCACAUUUAUUUCAUUUGAUUGUAGCAGUUUCACCGCUGAUGAGGUCUGGAAUCAGAAGGCCUGCAGUUUGUCCCCCUCAGGUGGUGUUUUGCCUGAAUUACAUAAAGAUUUCUCUCUGUGCGGUAUAGUACACAGCUCUUUACAAAGAGGCCGCUUUAUCCCAUUUACCGUAGUAACAUUAAAAUUCAGCACACAUAAAUGACAAGUGAUCUAGCUGAUGUGCUUUUACGCAGAGUUUUGACUUAUGAUGCAACUACAUUUUCAUUUUUAAGAGUCAUCUGCUCUGUAGAUUUGCACAGUGGCUCUUAAAUGGCACACAUUAAAUGAAGGUUUUUUUUAUCAAGGCUAUACUUUUCUUCUCAUGGAGCUUUAAUGCAAGUGUAUGUAUUGAGUUAAAAUAUUCUAACUUCUGUUUGUCGAGAUCAAACGUUAGACAAACAUUCAAUUCUGUAGCUCAAAUGCAGCGGCUUUACAUUCCACUUGAUUGUGUGUUUUCACACACAAAAACUCUAUAAGGGUUUAACAACAAUAAUGCUGCAGAAUGAACCGCUUAGAGGCCAAAAUCGUAAUUACGGGCUGACACCCCCUGUUUAAACACUGUGACCAAUACUAGAAUUGUUUACAUGGUGAUUUGUUAAAGUUGUUUUCUACAUGCUGAAAUGUGUUGUCUGAGAUUUCACCACAGGGAAUGAUGUUGUGUGACGUGUUUUCUUUUUAUCUGAAAAGGAGUUACAAUUAUACUGUUAAGAGGAGAAAUCAAAACAUGCUGAAAGGGUUAUCUAUAUACUAACCAAGCUCUAAAAAAAACCAUAUUUUAUUAAAGCCUAAACCAAUAAAUUCUAGCGUGCAAAGAAGUAGAAAAAGGGUAAGAUUAGGUAAAUUGUUUGCUGAUGUUUCUUUGCCAGCAGUGCCUUUGGGUGUGGCCACUUAAUAAUUUUAUAACAGCACCUUUGCAUACAUUUAACAGUAUUAAUUUGGAGAAUUUUUUUUACAAAAAUUGGAAAUGUUGAAACAGUAACAGUAUUAUUUAACAGCAUUUUUUUUAAAUGGACAUGAAAGUUGACCUAGAUACAACGUGGUUUCCUAUGUAACAGUAUUUCUGGUUCUAUAUAACCACUGAAAAAAUCAUAUUACCAACAUGUAUGAAGGGAUAAUGGAAUUCAACUCGUAGUUUUUAAUGCACUCAUGUAUAACUGUGCUGAUACGAACUGGUCUCUUUUAAUGGGAAGUCAAUCCAAACUCCUCUCAGAAAUCAGCCAAUUAAUGUGUCAUUGCUUCCACUUAAAUGUAAUGUAGUAAUUGGCUGAAAUGGAAAGUUGAAACUGACAUCAGACAUCAAAUUAGGAGCUGCUUUGUAGUCCAGAUGUACGGACUUUUGAAAUCAACCAACAGAUUGAUAACAGUAUUUUAAAAUCACACCGCUUUUUUGAUGCAGUUUGUUAUAUUACCUCCAUACUAGAGAUAAUUACAUUAUGAGCAAAUAAGUUUUAUUAGAGGUUACAUGUUGACAUUGUGAUGAGAUUUUCAAGUGUUUUAUUUGUUGCCGCACAAGUGCCUUUUUUGUGUUUUUCUAAACAAAUGUAUGACACCGCUUAAAGUGCAUACGUCAAGAGUAAUGCAUGAAUUACUUGACUAAUUCUGCACAGACUAAUUGUAUGCAAAACAGUCAACAAUUAUCUGCAGCCAUCCUUAUACUGUCUGCCUAAAUCAUGCUCCCUGUAUCCUCUGUAGACCAGAUUAACCUUUGUAUAUUAAUCAGUGUAAUAAAGUAGUGACUAUUCUA